CCCAAGGAAAGCAGGUUCCCCAGGCAUUGCCACCUCCACCUUCUCUUCUUCCCUACUCCAUUACAGAUGUCUGGUCCUUUCACUUCACAAACAAAGCAAUAACUGUCAAGAGUUCCUCAGUCUCUCUCUCUCUGUCUUUCUCUUAAUCUCUAGGCCUUGCAGAGUUUUGAGAGGAAAGUGAAGAGAAGGAGAUAACUGUAGACGAUCAGAUAUGGGGAAUUCUCGGCGCCAGUUGAAGGCCAUGCUUCGCAAAAAUUGGCUUCUCAAAAUUCGUCAUCCUUUUGUUACUGCUGCGGAGAUUUUGCUUCCUACGAUUGUCAUGUUACUGUUGAUAGCUGUAAGGACACGAGUUGAUACACAAAUUCACCCUGCUCAACCGUAUAUACGGGAAGAUAUGUUUGUGGAAAUAGGGAAAGGAAUAUCCCCGAAUUUUCAACAAGUUCUAGAAGUAUUGUUGGCAGAGGGAGAGGUUUUGGCUUUUGCACCAGAUACAGAACAAACUAGGAUGAUGAUCAACCUCAUGUCGAUGAAGUUUCCUUUAAUUAAGCAAGUUUCUAGAGUCUACAAAGAUGAACUUGAGUUGGAAACCUAUAUAAGCUCAGAUCUCUAUGGUGGCUGCAAUAGAGUCAAGAAUUGUUCAAAUCCAAAAAUCAAAGGAGCUGUUGUAUUUCAUGAUCAAGGACCUCAAUUAUUUGAUUAUAGCAUACGUCUUAAUCACACAUGGGCAUUCUCAGGGUUUCCUGAUGUUAAAACCAUCAUGGACGUAAAUGGCCCUUACCUAAAUGACUUGGAAUUGGGUGUUAGUCCUAUACCAACAAUGCAAUACAGCUUCAGCGGAUUUUUCACUCUUCAGCAGGCAAUGGAUUCAUUCAUAAUAUUUUCUGCUCAGCAAACCGAGACUAAAACUGCUAGUGAAUUUAUAGAGCUUCCAUCUUCUAAUUCACCUGCUACCCCUUCAUUACUCAAGCUGCCAUGGAAGCAAUUUAGCCCUUCAAAAAUUAGAAUUGCUCCCUUUCCAACACGUGAAUACAUUGACGAUGAGUUCCAGUCCAUCAUUAAGAGUGUCAUGGGAGUAUUGUACCUGUUGGGAUUUCUCUACCCAAUCUCUCGCCUUAUCAGCUACUCUGUGUUCGAGAAGGAACAAAAGAUAAGAGAAGGUCUCUACAUGAUGGGCUUGAAAGAUGGAAUAUUUCAUCUCUCUUGGUUUAUUGCAUACGCUUUGCAGUUUGCAAUUUCGUCUGGGAUUAUUACAGCUUGCACUAUGAAUAACCUCUUCAAAUAUAGCGAUAAGUCAGUGGUGUUUAUGUAUUUUUUCUCCUUUGGACUCAGUGCAAUCACGCUAUCAUUUUUGAUCUCUACAUUCUUCACUCGAGCAAAAACAGCUGUUGCAGUUGGAACCCUUUCUUUUCUUGGGGCCUUCUUUCCCUAUUAUACGGUUAAUGACCCAGCUACCCCAAUGAUAUUGAAGGUCCUUGCUUCUUUGCUUUCACCUACGGCUUUUGCUUUGGGAUCUGUCAACUUUGCUGAUUAUGAGCGUGCUCAUGUUGGGCUUCGGUGGAGUAACAUAUGGCGAGGAUCAUCUGGGGUGAAUUUUUUGGUCUGUCUUUUGAUGAUGUGGCUUGACUUGCUUUUAUACUGUGCUGUUGGUCUGUACCUUGACAAGGUCCUUCCCAGGGAAAAUGGAGUUCGGCACCCUUGGAACUUUAUAUUCAAGAACUGCUUCUGGAGAAAGAAAGGAAUUGUCAGACAUCAUGUUUCCAAUUCGGAAGUUAAACUUAAUGAUAAGCUUUCUUUGGGAAAUGACACUGUUGAACCUGCUAUUGAGGCGAUAAGCUUGGACAUGAAGCAACAAGAACUUGAUAACAGAUGCAUCCAGAUUAGGAACCUGCAUAAGGUAUACGCUAGUAAAAGGGGGAGUUGUGCCGCUGUUAAUUCACUGCAGCUUACCUUGUAUGAAAAUCAGACUCUUGCUCUUCUGGGACAUAAUGGGGCGGGAAAAAGCACAACUAUUUCAAUGCUUGUUGGUCUUAUUCCUCCCACUUCAGGGGAUGCUUUGGUUUUCGGAAAGAAUAUACUGACGGACAUGGAUGAGAUACGUAAUGGACUGGGUGUAUGCCCUCAACAUGAUAUUCUUUUUCCAGAACUGACCGUGAGAGAGCAUUUGGAAAUGUUUGCUAUGCUGAAGGGUGUGAAGGAAGAAAUUUUGGAGACGGUUGUAACUGAUAUGGUUGAUGAAGUGGGUUUGGCUGAUAAAGUUAACACUGUUGUGAGUGCUCUUUCUGGUGGCAUGAAGAGGAAAUUGUCUCUUGGAAUUGCCCUUAUUGGAAACAGCAAGGUUAUAAUUCUGGAUGAGCCCACUAGUGGAAUGGAUCCAUAUUCAAUGCGGUUGAUAUGGCAGCUAAUCAAAAAAAUAAAGAAGGGAAGAAUAAUAUUACUGACUACCCACUCAAUGGAUGAAGCUGAUGAACUCGGAGAUCGGAUAGCUAUCAUGGCUAAUGGAUCUCUGAAAUGCUGUGGAAGCUCCCUAUUCUUGAAGCAUCAGUACGGGGUUGGUUAUACUCUUACUUUAGUGAAGUCUGCUCCUACUGCUUCUAUGGCUGCUGAUAUUGUUUAUCGUCAUAUUCCAUCAGCAAUAUGUGUGAGUGAGGUUGGAACAGAGAUUUCUUUUAAGCUUCCUCUGGCAUCCUCCUCAUCCUUUGAGAGUAUGUUCAGAGAGAUUGAAAGUUGCAUGGGACUAUCAGUCUCUAACUCCGGAACAAAUAAUAAUGGGAACAAAAACUAUCUUGGAAUUGAAAGCUAUGGCAUCUCAGUCACAACCCUGGAGGAGGUAUUUUUGAGAGUUGCAGGAUGUGACUAUGAUGAGAUUGAUGGUUUCAAGCAAAGGAACAAUAUUCUCUCACCAAAUCCUGUGGUCCCUACUGCUUCUCAAAGUCAUACCUCGAAAAGAGUUUUAGAUUCCAAACUUAUGGGAAAUUAUAGAAAUAUUAUUGGUGUCGUAUCUUCCAUAGUGGGGAAAGCCUGUGGUUUAAUGUUUGCUACAGUUUUUAGUUUCAUUAAGUUCUUAGCCAUGCAGUGCUGUUGCUGUGAUAUUGUUUCAAGGUCAACAUUUUGGCAACAUAUUAAGGCAUUAUUUAUAAAAAGGGCAAUAUCUGCUCGGAGAGACCAGAAAACCAUCGUUUUCCAGCUUCUAAUUCCUGUUAUCUUCUUGCUUUUUGGUCUCCUUUUUCUUGAGCUUAAGCCACAUCCUGAUCAGCAGUCCAUUACCUUGACAACUUCACAUUUUAAUCCUCUUUUAAAUGGAGGUGGUGGUGGUGGUCCAAUCCCUUUUGAUCUGUCAAAGCCCAUUGCAGUGGAGGUUGCAAAAUAUAUUGAAGGGGGUUGGGUCCAGACCUUUAAAGAGAGUGCGUAUAAAUUUCCUGAUUCGGAGAGGGCAUUAGCUGAUGCUAUAAAAGCAGCAGGGCCAACAUUGGGACCAAUUUUACUUUCAAUGAGUGAAUUUUUAAUGUCUAGCUUCAAUGAAUCCUAUCAAUCGAGGUAUGUUAACAUGAAUGCUGAACUAUUUCAUUCUCUCAAGACCUUGCUUUCUUUAAACUUCAUGUGGAUAUUACAGCUUCAUUGUUUUUGUGCUUUUCUCAAUCAAUGUAUUAGCAAUUCCAGUUCUUCUUUUGCCCCUGCUAAUAAGUUAUAAUUAGGUGGAUUCCUU